GCGUGGUUUCGGAUCACCUGUGGGCGCCUAUAAAGUGUUUCUGCUCGCUCCGCGCUUUGGAUGCUGGCGCGCGAUGUGAGUCCUUGUAGAGAUUUAUACGCAGCUGGCGUAGAUGUACAGCAACCAUGAGUUCAACGAAGCCGUACAUCGGCUGUAAAAUAGGGUUAAUUUCGAAAGCCCAAAAUCGCUACGAGGGGAUUUUGUAUACGAUUGAUAAAGUGAACUCCACGGUAGUGCUGGCAAAAGUCAAGUGUUUUGGAACGGAGGGCCGUCCCACUGACAGACCAACACCACCCAAGGAUGAUAUCUAUGAGUACAUCACUUUCCGGGGAAGUGACAUUAAGGAUAUCACACUGUGUGAACCUCCGAGAUCUUACCAUGGCCUGCCCCCGGAUCCUGCGAUAGUACAGUCAUCCAGUUCAGGCUCUUCAGGCGUCUACCCCACUCUUGGACCAUUUAGCCCGCUAAGGAUGCCCGCCUACAGUCAGAUUGCUGCCAGCUCUCUACUUAAUCAGCAGUAUGCUGCAGCCCUUGGCCUUGGGCCUGUGCUUCCAGGCUUUCAUGUUAGAAGGGGCCCCAUGGUGGAAAAGGCUGUUCAAACCCUCCAUAUGGAAAGGUAUAGGCAGAGGAGAGGCUUGACUGCAUCCCAGGAGCAGGAGCAGCUGUGGGAGAGGAGGCAGCCCCAGAGGACCAGAGGAGAGAGUUCCCAGAUCAGAAGGGGUACUGGAACCACAAUGAAGCCAGGCCCAGUUGUGCCCAAAGCUCAGCAGGAAACUUGGCAGCAGAAUGAUGAAAACAGGCCACCACCCAGAAGAAGACAAGGAGCUCGGAGGCGUAGGAACCGUAGUAGAGGCCAGUUGAUGGUGGCAAAUUCUCUAUCUGCCACCCUUAAGUUUGACACAGACUUUGAUUUUGAUUCCUCAAAUGCGCAGUUUAUUAAGGAGGAACUGGAGAGAGAAGGGCAGGACAGGAUGACUUUGAAAGAUGGAAAUCAUGAGGUAGAGAGAGAAAAAGAGGAAUUGCACUCGACUGCAGAGGAUGAUCAUUUUGGACCAAAAUGCUACUAUGACAAAGCAAAAUCCUUCUUUGACAACAUCUCGUCUGGUAAUAAGUUCAGACUAACAUGGGCAGAGGAGCGGAAGCGCAAUCUCGAGACUUUUGGGGUCCCUGGACGAUUUCUGAGGGGCCAGGGUUUCAGAGGUGGCUAUACUGGACGAAGAGGAUGGGGCGCUACUCAGACUCUACCUUCUUACAGAAUCGGGUCAAAAAGGUCACGGUUUGAUACCAGGGCACUAAAGCAACCUAAUGCUCGUGACGACCAGUGAUUCAUUUCCCUCAUGUAUAACACAUGGGGUUGUGUUUUUGUGUCUCUGUGCCAUGAUGAUCAGCAAAAGCAGCUCUGUUGGCACUGUAUGAAGAAGGAUUUUUUUUUUUUUUUUUUUCCUCCCCCCUUAGGCAGUUAUACUGCGCACAAAUUGCCAGGAUUUAUUUUUGUCCAUUAUGUCAUUUGGUAUCCAGUUUGAAUAUGGAUGCAUGGCACACUAAAUGUACUACUGUGUGUCAAAAUAUUUUCAUUUUUUUCCCCCCUCAGGCUAUUUCCCUGAAUGUUUUUAAUUUUUUUUGGGAAGUGAAUAUUGACAUUUGUUUUGUUUUCUUCUACUUGAGAAAUUUCACUCCUAAAUGUGUUGGUUUCAUGUUCAAAUGAGUAUCUUGCUUUGCAUCUCGGGAGUAUUCAUCAUUUUUGCUUAUAUUUCAUUACCAAAUGUUGUAAACAUGACUAUUAUCAACAUAAAAUGAACUAAACCUAAAUGUAUUUAAAUGCUAAAUCUUGUGCAUGUGCUUUAUUCUGUCUUAUUGAAGCAACAAAUGAGGAUAAUUUAAAUAAACUGGAAACGGCUAAUGCA